UAUAUUAAAAGUUAAAUAUCAGCAGAGCGUUGAUAAUACAUUAAUUGUGUUACUAUACAGAAGACUAUACGUUAUGGUUUAUGGGCCUCUUUCGUGCGCAGGUAUGAAGUAUGGGGGAUUUUCGAAGGAGGUUUUUUGUGAUAUGAAGAUACGCGAUAGUCUGAAUGACCCACAGCUCGCGCUUGUUUAAAUCAUUGCUUUACCCCCUUUAGUUUAAAUGGGCUAUGCUGUGUAAUCUCUUUUUUUGGCCUGUCACUCUCGGCUCUCUGCAGCAGUUACUUUUGUUGUAUUUCACAGUCCAUAUUUCCUUCUCUAAUUACUAGUAGAUUAAAAAAAAACACAGAAAAACAGUUAUUACCAACUCCGGCCAAACCCCCUGAGAAAUAACUUCUGCUUUUAUAUAAUGGUCUUUGUUGUGUUUGUUUGGCCACCUUAAACUUCCAGCAUAUCUGCCCAAUACCUUUCUAGGUGAGCAGGAACAGCGCUCUUUUAUUUUGCUCAUAGCCCAAAGAGAACAGCUCCCAAGACUACAUGCCCUGGUGUCUUAAACCUAAUCUAAGCAUUUGUCACUAGGGGAGUAAGUCUGAUCGCAGACACAUCUUACCUGUUUUAUCAGCUGAUCCAGGAUAUGGACCUCACCUGUAUCAUGCUGCAAGGAGUACUGGCUGUACUUGUCCUGUGCUGUAUACCAAAUAGCACUUCUAAAGAGUUUCUGCAGCGGUGGCCGGUGCCCUACAAACGUUUUGCUACACGUCCCAAGGCUGAUGCGUACUGCCAAGCCAAGUAUACAUUCUGUCCCACUGGCUAUGCAGAUGGAUCUAUCCCUGUCAUGAAGAAUGAAGACACCAUAGAAGUGUUUAGGUUGCAAGCUCCAGUUUGGGAAUUCAAGUAUGGGGAUCUCUUGGGGCAUUUUAAGAUUAUGCACGAUGCUAUUGGAUUCCGGAGUUCCUUAACGGGUAGAAAUUACACUGCUGAAUGGUAUGAACUUUUCCAACUUGGCAACUGCACUUUCCCUCAUCUUAGGCCAGGCGUGGAGGAACCAUUUUGGUGCAAUCAAGGAGCAGCCUGUUUCUAUGAGGGAAUAGACGACGAGCACUGGAAAAGCAAUGGAACUUUGGUCCAUAUAGCAACAAUUUCAGGUGCCAUAUUUAAUCAGAUGUCAAAAUGGUUAAAAGAAGAUAAUGAGACUGGCAUUUAUUACGAGACGUGGACUGUGCAGGAACAGAAAAAGGCCAAUGCGUCUGUGUGGUUUGAAUCAUAUGACUGCAGCAAAUUUGUGUUGCGAACAUACCAGAAAUUAUGGGAGCUUGGAGCCAAAUUUAACAAAAAGAUACAAACAAAUUACACGCGUUUAUUUUUGUACAGCAGGGAACCAACCUACUUGGGAAAUGGUUCCUCUAUAUUUGGUGCACAUGGGAAUAAAUCAUUGGCAGCAGACAUUCACAAAUUUUACUACCCUUAUAGGCCACAUCAGUCAUUUAAAGAACUUCUUGUAAGUAUUGUAGAAAUCUUUGAUAAGGUUGUCUUACAUAAGGUAUUUUACCUGUUUUAUAAUUUUGAAUAUUGGCAUUUACCAUUGAUGUAUCCCUACAUUAAGAUAACAUAUGAAGAAAUACCUUUACCAUCUUGAAAAAAUGUAUGGUUUAAGAGCUUUAGAAAAGAUGACAUAUUGGUUGGGAUUCACCUACUCAUUACAAUGGAUCUACCUGUAGCCCAUUCUAGAACAAAGCUUUCUGAAAAACAACUUUACAAAUGGAUCCGUAAGAAAGGUUUUAGGAGUUUAAUUGGCCACAAGCAGCUUAUCAGUGUCCCCCAAACAGCCUGCCUGUGCCAUCUUUGCUCCAGCUUGUCAGUGCUCCAAAACAGCUUAUCUGCGCCAUCUAUGCCCCUUGCACUCCCUUCAACAUACACUGAGACGCGCAUACGUAAAUGCAUUUACACACACUAACACACACUUACUUGUACUCACUAACACAUGUACAUACUCAUUCUAGCACACACUCUCGCUCUCACAUCACUCUUGCUAACACAUGCUCCAUCUCACAUCACUCUUGCUAACACAUACUUGCUCACACACUUACACAUACAGCUCCAUAUCCAUGCUGUCAUACACAUAUACAUAGACAUCCAUGCCAACAGACUGAUUCAUAAACCUCCAUGGUUACAUACAUACCCCCUCCUUUUUGCCUACACCUCCUUACCUUUUCCUGCAGCUUGUUGUCUGCUGCUUGCACACUGUAACUCUCUGUAUUUUAUAUACUGCUGAUUUGUUACCAUGUUCUGUUGUACAUAAUGUUACAUUCAAUUCUAAUAAAUAUGUAUAUUUUGUUAUGCACUGCAA